AUGGAGGGGUGCACUUCCUCGCCGGGGCGGCUCAUGCCCUCCGCGCUGAACACGGCAGCGCCUCUGUACUCUCUCCAGAUAAGCAAGGACAAGCUCAAUGUGCGGUACGUGGGCGAGGCGAGGACCGAGUACGACGUCGGCGCCGUGCGGGCGGACCACCCCGUUCCACAAAACCUCGCGGUGUACUACUUCGAGGCGACGGUCGACAUGCCGCCCACGUCGCUCGGCAAGAUGCGCGUCGGUUUCUGUUCCCACUCCUUCAAGGCCGGCCGACACUUCGGCGCGGAGAAGGGCUCGUUCGCCUACUGCGGCGACGACGGGGCGUUCCGGCACGAGGACAACGUGCGGGAGGCCUACGGCCACCCGUUCCGCAGCGGCGACGUCGUCGGCGCGGGCAUCGUGCUGUCGCGCGGCGCGCUCUUCUUCACCCACAAUGGACAGAACCUCGGCGUCGCGCGGUCCGGCGUCGGCCCGCGCACGCACGUGCUGUUCCCCGCGGUGUCGCUGCACUCCCCGGGGGAGUCCCUGAAGCUCAACUUCGGCGCGGAGCCCUUCAUGUUCGACGUCGCGGGCGUGGUCGCGGAGGAGCGCGCGAAGGAGGAGGGGCAGGUGUCGGACAUCGAGGUCCCCGCUGCGGUGUCGCACGAGCUGGUGCGGGGCACGCUGGCGCACUACGGGUACGCGCGGACGCUCGCGGCGUUCGAGCAGGCGAGCGGGAUCGCGGCGGCGCGGCGCGAGGGGCUGCGGCGGAGGGCGGCGCGGGCCGUCGACGGGGAGGGCACGCUGGCGCUGCGUGCGGGGGUGCGGACGGCGCUGCUGGCGGGGAACGUGGAGGCCGCGGAGGACCUGAUGCGGCGGGACAGCAUCGCGCGGCGGCUCCUCCCAGAGGACAGGUUGAGCACGCACACGUGGCGGGACCUGGUGUGGACGGCGCUGUCGUGUCAGGGCGUCGUCGAGCUCGCGCGCGCCGGCGACGCGCCACGCGCGCUGGCCUUCGCCCGGGAGCGCAUCGCGCCGUUCGUGUCCGCGCCGUGCCCGCUCGCGCACGAGCCCGGCGCGGGCGCGGGCCACGACGCGUGCAAGAUCUGCGUGCACGUGCAGGGCAUGGUGCGGGAGUGCAUGGGGCUGCUGGCCUACCCGGACGCGGCCACGUCGCCGCUCGCGCACCUCCUGGCGCCGAGCGAGCGGGAGCGCACCGCCGACAUCGUCAACAGCGCGAUCCUCACGCUCGAGGCCGCGCUCGGGGAGGGCGAACACCCCCCCGGGGCGUUUCCUGACGCCAGGUCGUCCGGAUCGACCCCCCCCGCGCUGGUCAGGUGCUUGCAUCAGCUCUGCGCAGCGCGGCACCUCCUGCACGAGCUCAACGGGCGGCAGGGCGAGCCGUUCAGCCUCCGCCGCGCCCUGGGCGACGCCGACCCCGACGAACCAAUGGCCGGAGCAUGA